AUGUCGGGAAUGGGAUGGCAGUCGCAGUCGGCGCCGGGCGCUCAGUGUCCUUCCCAUCAACAGUCGGGUCCGCCCGGAGCUCAGCAACAAUUAUCGGUAGUGACCACCGUUUGGGGCGUCAAAACGAGUAACCAAAACGGGCCGACAAUGGGCUACACUCACGGCGCCGGCAACGGGCAGCCGAACAACGGCCCCACCGGUGGUCCCUAUGGCGGACAGACCGGUCACGACGGCUACAGUUCGUGUCCGACCACUCCUAUGCCGCCGCAAAAGUCAUACCAAACACAGACAAUGUCGCAAAGAGGGCCCGGACCGGGAUAUGCCGGCCGAAAACGGAAACAACAAAACGCUUCGCCGACCGAUCACUUCCACCGAUACGGCCCACAGGCGACGGCCACAGCCAUGUCGGCCGGAAUGCAAGGAUCUAUGCCCACAUCGCAGCCCAACUCCAACGGCGACUUCCAGGGCGGACAACAGGCCAUCAAUACGGCUGCGUUGGUGGCGGCGGCCACGGCUACGGCCACCGCAACCGCCAGUGUUGUCGCGAUGCAGGAAAGGCAACAGGAGGUCAUGAUUAACUCACAGUAUGGACAGAUGCAGGGAAUGCACGGCCAGAGCUACGGGUCCAACAGUUACGGCCCGCAAACCAAUCAACGAAUGUCUUCGUGUCCGCCGAAUGCAAUAAACGGUCCAAUGGUUGGACACAUGAACUCCAUGUCCUCACAGAUGCAUAACCCAAAUAUGAUGGGCGGCGGCGCCGGCAAUGGUAUGUCGCCGUCGAUGUCGAUGAACGGCCCGAUGGGUAUGAAUAAAGGCAUGAGUAACGGCUCGAUGGGCGCCGUCGGCGGUGGCGGACCGAUGCCCGGAGCCGGCGUACCGCCAGGCGGUGCCGGUAUAAUUUAG